AUGAAGCCAGCCGCGACUCGGUCCGUGGCGGCGGCGCCUCGACCGACUCCGCCACCAGCACGACCGUCGCGACCCGUCACGAGGCCGCCGAAUCGCCCCCUAGUCAUCCCCGUCCGGAGCGCCAGCCCCGCGGCGCCCGCAGCGCAGCAGGCGUCGGGAUCCGAGUACCAGUGGACCUACCAGGGGCGGCGUAUCCCGGUGCCUUAUGACGUGAUCGGCCGGGGGCCCCCGGGUCUGAUGCUCCCCGCCAUGAGCACCGUCUCCCUGAGGUCUGAGCUGGCCGGCCUGGCGCAGGCGCUGGCCGACCGGGCGUCAUGGACGGUCCCCGAUUGGCCGGGCUUCGGCGAGUCCAGCCGCCCUCCGCUGGAAUACGGCCCGGACGUCUUCCGAGAAUUUUUGGCCGAUUUUGCUUCCGCCAUUUUUGACGGUCCCGUGCCCGUGGUCGCCGCCGGCCACGCCGCUGGAUUUGCGCUUGAGCUCGGGAGGGCGGAUCCCGGCAGGUGGUCGAGGAUUGUGCUCGUGGCGCCGACCUGGAUGGGGCCGUUCAGGGCGAUGGGGAUGUCGGAGGGCGUGAAGGCGUUCGCGCGGGGGUUGAUCAGGUCGCCGGUGGUUGGGGAGGCGCUGUACGGCGCCCUGACGACCCCGGACCAGAUCAGGGCCCAAUAUGCGUCCCACGUGAUGGUGGACAGGGCCUUCUUGACGGACGACUUUGUGGCGCGCAAGCAGGGGCUGACGCGCGUGGAGGGCGCGAGGUUCGCCCCGAGCUCGUUCAUCACGGGCUACCUGGACCCGUUCGAGGACAGGGAGGGGGUGCUGGAUCUGGCCAGGUCGCUGGAGGUGCCGGUGGUUGUUGUGGUGGGGGAGGACACGCCGAGGAAGAGCAAGGCGGAGAUGGAGGCCCUGGGGGCGGUGGAGGGGGUGGAGGUGAGGCGCGUGAGGGGCUCGCUGGGGGUGCACGAGGAGUUCCCGCGGGAAGUGGCCGAGGCCGUGUUGCCGUUCCUGAGUUGA